UUAUUCUCUCCAUUCCUGUCUCUGAAAUCAAUAAAAAAUAUAUAUAUUUUUUAAAAAGCAUCAGACAGCUUUCUUCCCCCGAGCUGCUGAGUAAGGUGCGCGGUCCUAUGAGGAAGCUAAGGCCGCUUUGGGGUAAGGCCCUCACUUCAUCCAGCAACUAGCACCAUUCGCCCACCAUUUGCCCAGCACUCGCCCAUACCAUGGCCUCCACCUCGGAGCUCACCUGCAUCUACUCGGCCCUUAUCCUGCACAACAGUGAAGUGACAGUGAUGGAGAAUGAGAUCAAUGCCCCUUUUAAAGCAGCUGGUGUAAAUGCUGAACCUUUCUGGCCAGGCUUGUUUGCAAAGACUCUGGCCAAUGUCAAUAUUGAGAUGCUCAUCUGCAAUGUAGGGGCUGGUGGACCUGCCCCAGCAGCUGGCGCUGCACCAGGAGGUCCUGCCUCCUCCACUACUGCUGCCAGAGCUGAAGAGAAGAAAGUGGAAGCAAAGAAAGAAGAAUCUGAGGAGUCUGAUGAUGACUUGGGCUUUGGUCUUUUUUGCACAACAGUGAAGUGA